AUGGUAACUUACAGAAAAAUAACACCGGAGGGACAGGCCGCCCUAGAAGAGAUGGAACGUGAGUACGAUUUGCUGCACCGUGAAGAAUUGGCAUACAAUGGUUACACAACUGUCCCCAUACAGGAAUGGAAGGAAAUCGUUCUAAAGAGCAAUAGUACAGAAGAGGAACUCGAGUCUGCUUGCACGAAUCUUCAAGAUAAGCUUAAUGAGUUAGUAACAAAGAUCGGAUGUACAAUGAAAAAAACAUUAUCGAAGCGGUUACCGCAAAUAGCUGUUGCAGAGGGUGAAAAGGAGACAACUGACGAAGACGCUAAUGAGGUUGUCGUGAUUACUGAAAAUGACUGCAAUCAUGUGCGGUACAUCAUUGCGUUGGCGAGGAGACGACUCCGGGACUAUGACAAGGCUGAGAGUAUUUGCAUGGAAAUUUUGUCCUCAGAUCACUCAAACUGUGAUGCAUUAGAGUCUCUUAUAGAGCUAUACACAGGUACUGAACGCCCUGGAAAGCUUUGUGAGCUAUUUGACAAAAUUCAAGCUUGGAGUAAUGCCGAAGAAUUGAAACCAAAUCCGACAGAAACCACCAUGGAAUUUGCAUCUGCCAAGCAUCAUGGAAAUAAAUCCUAUCUAUUAGAAGUUGCAAUGGUCCUGCUUUCCGAUAUUGUAAUAGAGGCUGCCUCAGUGCAUUACAUAGAAAACGGAGAAGGAUCAACAUCGCGUUUCUUUUUAGAGGCAAUUUCUCCCAUUAUUCAUGCCAUAGGCCCUCAAUAUACUUCGCUGUUUUUGGAAUCACUUUUUAGAUCUAUGGAUGAGCAGCAUGUUGCGGCCCGCUUGAAGAGUUCUACCGCAAAGGGUUCUGAAGAUACAAUUGGUGUGGUGAUUAGUUUUUUAAAGAUGCUAUUGGCGCGGAAUAUGUAUGAAUUAGUGGAGGAUCCUGUACGGUUUGAGUUUUAUAUUUUAUCUAAACUCCAUUCCGUUCUUCGAUACGCUGGGCGGGAGCAUGAGAGUUAUAAAAUAUGCGAACGACUUAUAAGGCUUUAUCGGGAAAAGUCUGGUAAAUUUGAAUUGCCUUCAGGAAAACGAAUUCCAGGAGUUGAACGGGGAUCCCUUGACGACUUGGAGCCGGCUUACAGGUUAGCUCUCUUCCAGUUUGUCGAGGAUCGUGCAAUGGACUCAUUGAGCCUUGGAAAGCGUUUCUGCAUUCAGGCCAUAGAAGAAUUCCCUGACGAGGCAUCCCCGUGGGAAAUUUUGGCUCUCAUACUACAUAAGGAAGAUCCUAUCAACGGACUGGCUGACGCUGUUGUUGCGGCUAAAAAGGCAUUUUCGCUGGAUCCCAAAAAUCUGAGCGUUGUUAUCCUUCUUGCAAACCUAUACAAAGCACAAAAACGAUACCAACUGUAUGACACCAUGAUGGAUCGCUAUCGACUUCUGCGCUUUCUCAUUGAAAGUGCGGCGAGUGACGAAGACAUGAAGGCGACUUUAGAAGAAGUGAAGCAUCUUGACGAGCUUCACCCUCCUGCAGGCGAACCAGAUGAGUUCAGCGUGCAGUUUGCGGAAUUGAGUGACCACAACGAUCGGAUGGAAAUGACACAUACUUAUUCUAUGCCCAUUGACAAGGAGCCGCGCGUUUUUGGUAAUCAACCAAUCUCAGCACCCAUACUAGAUCCUGCCAUCAACGCAGAGAAACCAAAUCGACCAAAAGACGUUGGGGUUGUAUCUAAGUGA